CGCGACAUUUGGCAACAGUUGCAAAUCAUUUGCUCAGCUCUCAACAAACUCCAAACCAAAAAAAAACCCAACAAACCAAUCUACAAAAUGUUCAAAGUUCUGUUCGUGCUCGCCGCCUUUGCCGCCGCCCAGGCCUAUGCCCAUCCCGGGGUAGUUGCCGUGGCCCCAGUGGUCCACACGCCCGUUGUCGCCGCGCAUCCCGCGGUGGUGCACAGCCCGAUUAUACACCAUGGCGCCCACUCGGUGCACUCGCAUGUGGUGCAUCAUCCGGCGCCCGUCAAGGUCCUGCAUCCUGUUGUUGCCAAGCCCGUGGUCGCCGUGCAUGCCGUGAAGCCCAUUGUGCCCCUCGUGCCCGUGCAUCAUGCCGCGCCCGCUGUUGUUGUGCAUCAUUAAGAAAACCCAAGCCCAAUUCCCAAUUCCCAUUUCCCAAUGCCCGACUCCCGUUCCCUGAUCCCACCCAAAUCCGCCACAAUAAAAGUUCAUAGCCACGUAAAUUGUGAGAGUA